AUUUUUAAAUUUUUAAAAGCGGAACCGAAUUGGCGGAAGGCGGAAAAAACGAAAAAUUAAAAGCGUAAAACGUAACGUAGAAGUGGAAGGCCGAAAAAACGGUAUUCUGCGGAAGGCGAAGGCGUAAACCGAACCUGCCUGGAAUUUAUUUAUUACCAACUCCAAUUUAAUCCAUCUUUAUAGGAGAAUUUCGAUAAAAAUUAAAUAUUUAUUUCAGGUUUAAGUUUACUUCGACAAAUGGCUACAUUAGAUUACUAUGAUCCUUCUUGGGGAGUUAAUGCUUACUACAGCAGAGAAAACAAUGCUUUAGUUACACUCAAUGCUUAUUUACAGCCACCUAUAUUUAACCAUGAUUUUCCAGCAGCAUUUAAUUAUGCGGGAAUUGGUGUAACUCUUGGACACGAACUAACUCAUGCUUUCGAUGCUUGGGGAUCUUAUUACGACGCAGAGGGAAAGUACAACAAUGAUUGGUUGCUACCAGAUAUACGUCGUAAAUUUCAAGAGCGAAAGCAAUGUUUUGUGAAACAAUAUGGAAAUAUUAAAGUACAAGUUGAUGGAACAAUUUUAUCAAUAAAUGGCUCAUUGACAGCUAAUGAAAAUAUUGCUGACAACGGUGGACUUAUUGCAGCAUUUAAUGCCUUUCAAUUGCUUAAACAAAAAGUUAAUUAUCCCAAACAUGUAUUUAAUGGUUUAAGACAAUAUAAUGACGAACAACUUUUCUUCAUUCACUUUGCUUAUCGCCAAUGCUCUAAGAUGGGUCAAAUAUGGCUUAGACAACGUCUCAGUGUGGGACAGCACUCUGUUACACCUGCGAGAGUUAAUGUGCCGCUUCAGAAUUUUCCAAAAUUUGCUAAAGCAUUUAAAUGUCCUUUAGGUUCAGCAAUGAACCCUUAUUUAAAAUGUUCUCUUUGGUGA